AUGGCUGGACGUGCUACUCAACAAAGUAGUGCCAUCCCAGCCUGGAGAAAAAGAAUCGAGGACCGUAUCGCAAAGGCAAGGGCCCUUAUCGGCAGACUGACAAGCUUCAGGUCGGGUAAUAACAGACCGAGAGUUGUGCGCACCGUUAGAAUGGCGUUUGCUGGGACAAAUAUUAGUUUGUCCCAGCCGGAUAUCACGCAGAAACUAACGGAGCGCAUAGAUGACCUGAAGCAAAAAAUCGCUGCUUGGGGGAAGCGGAUUCGACGAUUUAGCGAGAGGUCAAGGCGGUUCAACCAGAAUCGUCUCUUCCAGAGUGAUCAGAAGAGGCUCUAUAAAUCAUUGGAGCGACCAGAGGUAUGUGGAGCGGGCCCAGGACCGGAUCAGGCUGACACUGUCGCAUUUUGGCGUGGCCUGUGGUCAGAGCCCGUAAACCACAGCGAGGGCCCUUGGAUGGAAGUUGUGGCGAGCCAGAGUGCAAGUGUUACGCCUAUGGACCCCGUCACCAUAACGCCUGAAGACGUGGCUGAGGCGGUCCGUAGGGCCCUGAACUGGAAAAGUCCGGGGCUCGACGGGCUGGCUGGCUGA